AUGGCUACUCAAACUUGCUGGAUGCUAUUUGUGGUGGUGAUGAAAACGACCAAACUUCUGUUUAAGCAGAACGAAUAUGCAAGCAGCUAUGCAGUCGCCAAUACUAAAAAUCCUCCUUUCGCAGCACUUGCCCAGCCUUUCUCAAAACCCGCAUUACGAGUACCUAGUAAUUUACUCCUGAAUUUCAAACCAGCCACUGAGCGACUUCACACCCUAAAGUAG